AUGUCAUUCCUUCAACCAUCCUAUCUAUAUACCCGUCUGGCGGACGCGGUCCCAACAGCCCUACCAUGGAGCGGAGGUGAUUCUUCCGUGAAGGGAGAUCCACGAAAGAGCGUCAAGUGGAUUGAUGGGCUCCGAGGCAUCGCCUCCUUUUUGGUUGUCAUGACCCAUCUUGCCCGAGCAUGGGACUACGACCUGUUCUCCCCACGCGACACUGAAAAUGCCUCGCCACGGGUCCUGCAGUGGCUUGUCCUGCGUAUCCCCUGGCAGGGCCGUAUUGGAGUCACCAUCUUCGCCUUUCUGACUGGAUACGUCUGCGCGCUGAAACCGAUCAAACUCUCACGAGCCGGAGACAAACAGGCAGCGUUCACGACGAUCGCGAAAAGCGCCUUCCGCAGGCCACCACGCCUCAUUCUUCCUGCGACUAUUGCACUAAUUAUCUCCUGGACUGUCGCUCAGUUUGGUGGCUUUGUUGUUGCCAAUCGGUCCGACUGCUGGUGGUGUCGCUAUGCAUCGCCUGACCUGGCGCCGACCUUCUUGGAUGAACUGAUUCGCUUGCCGAAGAACUUCUUGUCUGUCUGGACGACUGGUUUUAUGGCCUAUGAUGACCACCAGUGGGCGCUUCUGCCGCUGCUGCUUGCCUCGAUGCUCAUCUAUAUCCUGCUCACGGCGACCAUGUUCGUGAAGUUCCGCUUCCGAAUGCUGAUCUAUGUGGGCAUGAUGCUUUACUUCCAUCAGGAUGGCGCAAAGGACGUCGAAACAUUCCAAAUGCAAGCCGUCUACGGCAUGCUCCUCAGCGACCUCAGCUACUCCGCCACCUUAAAAGAAUGGAUCGAGAACCACCGCUGGGGCCGCAAAGCGCUCAGCAUCCCCCUCACAAUCGUCGGACUCCUCAUCGCCUCAUAUCCCGGCGAGCACCCAGAAUGGGCGCAGUGGUCGAAUAUCAUGCUCAAGGUCGCACACUACGCCUUCCCGCCAGAUGUCAACAUCGGUAAGCGAUACACCGCCGUGGGCGUUGACAUGAUUAUCCUGGCCAUCUACCUGUCCCCAUCGACAAAGGAGUUCCUAGCCAGCCGCUUGCUGCUGUGGCUAGGCAAGCAGAGCUUCGCUGUGUAUCUGAUCCACGGCACUAUGCUCCGCGUUGUACUCGUCUGGAUGCUGUACGGUAUCACGGGCCAGCCCUGGGAGGGACCUGAGGCUGGUACGGACGAUGACCGCGACUGGAUCCAGCUGCGUCCGCCUUGGGUCGUGGCCGUCUCCAUCCCUAUCUGGAUCGCGCUCGUAUAUGCCCUCGCUUCACUGUGGACUGCCUACGUUGAUCCAUUCUGUGCUCGGUUGACUCAGAAAUUGGAGGAUUGCAUGUUUCAGAAUGACGAGAAGGCUUCGCUGCCUUUGCCUGCUACGUCGCUUCCCAUGCCGACGACAUAA